AUGCAGAUAUUGAUGCUGAACACUUGGUAUAUUGUUCUAUUUGUCUUAAGUUUGCUGAUAUUUAGCUUCAUUCAUUAUGUUUAUAGAUGGAGAAAUCCAAAAUGUAACGGAGGAAAACUCCCACCUGGUUCCAUGGGAUUACCUUUCAUCGGAGAAACCAUUCAGUUCUUUAUCCCCAACAACUCACUAGACACUCCAAUAUUUUUCAAAAAGAGAUUAUCCAGAUAUGGAUCGGUGUUUAAGACGAGUUUAAUAUUUCAUAAGGUGGUAGUAUCACUAGACCCAGAUUUUAAUCAUUUCAUAUUCCAACAAGAACGAAAGACAGUACAAUUAUGGUAUAUGGACGCAUUUUGGGAUGUAUUCGGAAAAACUGUUGAAACUUCAGCUGAUCUUUACAUUCUCAAAUACUUUAGAAACUGUCUCUUAAAUCAAUUUGGUAUUGAAGCCAUCAAGGAGAAACUUCUUCCUAAAAUCGAAGUUCAAGCUGACCGAUAUCUACGAACUUGGUCUGCUCAAUCCUCUGUCGAAGUUGAAGCAUCAAUCACAAGGAUGGUAUUUGAUCUGACUGCGAAACAUUUAUUCCAUUACGAUCCGAUGGAUACGAACAUGGGUAACGUGUUUGCCGACUUCUUUGAUAGUGUAAUGACGGUUCCUAUAAACAUUCCCGGUACUACAUAUCACAAGUGUAUGAAGAACAAAAAGAAAGCAAUCCAACUGAUGAAGGAUAUACUGCAAGAGAGGCGUAAUUCAACUGAAAAGAAAGGCGAUUUUCUUGAUCAAGUCAUAGAAGACAUGAAAACAAUGGAAUUUAUAACGGAAGAUUUUGUUGUUUAUUUCAUAUUCGCAAUAUUACUUGCCAGUUUUGUCUCCAUUUCUACAGCUCUCACUUUAGCGUUUUCACUGUUGACAGACCACCCUGCCGUGGUGACUGAAUUACUGGAAGAACAAGAGAAUUUGGCUAAAAGCAAAGGUAACCCGGAUUCUCCACUUACAUGGGAUGAGUACAAAUCAAUGACUUUCAUGACUCAGGUUAUUCAUGAAACACUAAGGAUGUCUAAUAUGCUUCCUGGGAUGUUAAGAAAGGUUAUUAAAGAUGUUCACGUAAAUGGGUACACAAUUCCAAAAGGAUGGACAAUUAUGCUAGUUCCUUCUGCUGUUCAUAUGAAUCCUAAAAAGUUUCCAGAUCCACAUAUCUUUAAUCCCUGGAGAUGGAGUGACAUUGGUGGUACAAAUGCACCGUCGAUAGAUUAUAUUCCGUUUGGUGGAGGGUUGAGACAUUGUGUAGGAGCAGAGUUUAGCAAGACAGUGAUGGCUAUAUUCAUUCGUGCUUUGAUCACUAAGUUCAGUUGGACAAAAAUAAAAGGAGGAAAUGCUUACCGUAACCCUGCUCUAUCGUUCGGAAGAAGCGGUUUCCACGUUAAGAUCUCUGAAAGGGAUCAGAUCAAGAACUAAUCUUCAGCCGUUCUUUAGUAAAAACCACUGUUUGGUGGUCUGAGUGCCCGUUUCUAAGUUAUAACUAAGUAUUGGAUGUGAAUACUUAGUUUGUUGUCUUAUUUAAAAAAAUAAAAACUUGGUUUGUUAUCUUGUCACUAAUUUCUGCUUAUAUAAUUCUUAAAAGGAUUGUGAUGGUUGUUACUAACCAAUUUCAUGGUUUCCGUCACCAAGUUGGCAGAAUUGUUAGAUGGUACUCGUCUCGUCAGUGGACAAGUCGUCCUCCAUUGCAUGCA